GUUUUGGAGGAGGUCAGGCGCUGCGGCCAUGUUGAAAGCCUGGUGUUUGCGACGGUUGGUGGGCGAGUGAGUGAGGGAGGUCGGCGGGGAAUCUGCCGGGGGAUAGUCCGUGGGGGAACGCCCAAGGAGGGCCGAUCCUGUCGCUGGGAGAGCGCCCACCACGUUACAGUCUGGUCUGGUCAGUGGGCAGCCCUCGUCGCAUUCCUAUCCGGUCGGUGGGGGAGCGCCCACAGUUACCAGCCGGGCUCUCCUCGCCCCUCCAUCGGGUCCCCCGGCCAUGGAGGAUGCAGAGAGACGAAGGAAGCUGGAGACGGCGAGGGCCAAGUUUGCUCACUACCAGCAAAGAAAAGCGAGAGGUGACUGCUCGGAUUCGGCGAAAAAGAAGAAGAGGAAGGGCCAGGCUGUCCAUCAGGAUGACCUUCUGCAGGAAGAGCACUCGUUAGUUGAACAAGAGGGAGUAAUCUUGGAACAUAAGGCAAAUGAUGGACUGUUGAACAAAACAACAACAGAGGAAAGCAGAGAUGAGGAGGGCAAUGUGAGUAAUAAUACUGAAAAUAGCCAAACAGAACUAGAAAUUUGCCAGCUGAAAGUAAUCGAGCUUGAGGAACAAUUGCACCAGAAAGAAGUGACUUUGGAGCAACUUGUCGCUGAGAUGGAAGAACUACAGAAACAACAGGCUACCCAUCAAGCGUGUGAGCAGAUGCAACAGGAGCUGGAGACAGCAGUACAGGAACGGAAUGACCUAAUUGGCCAGUUGACUGAUAACCUGCAGCAAGCCAUUCAGAACAGAGAUGAGGUACAGCAGGAAGCCUUGGAGUUAACUGAUCAAAUUCAGUCUUUACAGCACCAAUUACAGCAGGCAAGUGAUAUUCUGAAAAAUAAAAGUCCUGGAUUUGUGGAGCUGCUUCAGGCUCAGCAACAGAUUACCCUUUUCCAGCAGAGCCUUAAAGACCAAUGUGAUCGUAUGGAGACACUUGAACAACGCGCACAUGAUCUGGAACUUCAACUGGAAUGUUCAGAGAAGAAUGCCAAAGACAAAGAGAACUGUCUUGUUCAGCAGCAGAAAAUUACUGAAAAUACUGUGCAACAAUUAAAUCAAUGGAUAGAAGAAAAAGAAGAAACCAUCAAAGAGUUGAGGGAAAAGUUGAACAAUAAAGAGAGCACCAUAUCACAGCUGCAUGACUCACUGACUGUCUGGCAUCAAGAGGUUUCUGAAUUAAAUAAUGUUGAAUCUGCUGAUAAACAGAGGCAACAGCAGUCUCCAAAAGAAAUUAGAGGGCAAAUAGAAAAUGUUGAAGACCUACAAAAUCAAUUUGGUCAAAAAGAUACCUUGUGGUUUGUAGAACAACUGCGGGUUGAUCUGGAGGCAAUGCAGAGAAGGGAAAUAUCUCAGUUAAAACGUGAGCUGUGUGAACAAACAAAGCAAGAAAUUGAUGAACUAAAUAUUAAGCAUAAAGCUGAACUUGAUUUGUUACAGAGUCAAAUUCAGAGCUAUGGUGAUAGUGAUCAGAUAAAAAACUUAAACAAAUUGAUCACUGAACUUACUGAGAAACUGCAAGGAUCUUGUCUGGAGAAAGAAGAGCUCCAACGAAAAUUAGAAAAUAUGAUGUCUUCCCCACAGGAGAAGACUGAAGUUUGUGAGACAGACAAACAUUUGAUGAGAGAUCUGGAAGAACAGAUUAAUAUGUACAAAUCUGAAAAAGAACAUUUGAAUGCUUGCUUGGCGCAAGAAAGAGAAGUGAACAGAGAGCUGCGAAUCCAACAUGAGCAUGAAAUCACAAACUACAGUAUCAAAUUGGAAAUGAUGGAGAGGGAGAAAGACGAAGUGUUAAGUAGACUGGCUGAAUCUCAGGAGGUCGAGCUUGAGCAGCUUAAAACCAAAAUGCUGUUUAGUCAUGAAGCAGAAUUAACCAAACUUCGGGAAGAUCUGGAAACGCAGUAUGCUGUAAAGACAGAAGCACUUAGAAAGGAAAUAGAAGACCUGAAAGUGAGUUUACACAGCACAGAAUUGCAGAGAAAUGAUAUAUCUGAAAAUUUGGACCAAGAGAAGUUCAAUUUGAUAGAGAAAUGUACGGAAUUAACAGAAGAGCUGCAACAAAGCAAGUUGGAAUUGGAGAGGAUGCAUAUGGAAGCUAAAAUGUCAGCUACCCAAACAAGGGAAGCUGAACAGAAAUGGAAAGCAGUGUUGGAGGAACUCUCAGGUCUUCGGUUAGAAUUAGAAAAGGAAAGUGCAGAACGAUUACAUUGUGAAGAACAAUUGAAGCACAUGGUUCAUGAGAGUGAAAGAUAUGACUUGGAGAGCCAGCCUGUGAUAACUGUAGAGGAUAAAGUGAGAAAAGAGAAAGAAAGUGACUUAGAAAUAUUCAAAGAGAUGGUGAAAGAUUUGAAGCAGGAGAAUCAGUUGUUGCUGGCUCAGCUAAGAGAACAGGAGCAGCUAGUCAAAGAAGUUCAAGAACAGAAACUCGCUGCAGAUUCUGUGACCAGUGAAGUGCAAGCCCUGUUUGGUCGCCAGCUCACUGCAUUGCAGAACCAACGGGAUCAACUGCAGGCUCAUCUUGAUGCCCAAAAAACCAAGAGCCAAACUAUGUCUGAACUCCUGGGGCAGAAAACUAUGCAGGAGGACUCGCUGUGCAGAGAGCUUGAGGAAACUGAGGCCAAAUUGAGGGAAAGUGAAGAACAUGUGAAGCAACUAACUGAUGAAAAAAUGAAGCUUGAAAGUAUGGUUCUGUCAAAUGCAACUGAUUUCUCAAGGAUUCAAGAAGUGCUUGCUAAAGUCAAAGCUGAAAAUGAUUGUUUGAAGAAGGACAAAGGGGAUUUGCUUGACAAAUUUCAAGAUCUAGAAAGCAAAAUGCAUUCUAAGAUUCUAGCUGCAGACAAUGAUUUGAAAGGUAAAGUUACUGAAAUGCAGAAGUUAAAGGCAGCCAUAGAAGAACAGGAGGCUCUACAUCUUCAGCAAACAUCUGCGCUGAAACUGGAGAUCAGCAAUCAAAACAAAGCUCUAGGUGAGCUAGAGCAAAGCCACAGUGAAAAGAUGCGUUCCCUCCUGCGGCAACAUGAGGAAAGGCUAACCAGUGCUGUGGAGGAGGCUCGUAAGGAAGUGACAGUCCAAUAUGAAGAAGAAUUAAGUAAAAUGGAAGAGCUAUACCUAUCUGAUAUUACAAAUUUAAAAUCAGAACAUCAGAAAGAGUUAGAUGAAUUGAAUGCAGAAAUGAAGAAAAAAGUACUUGACUUGCAAGAAAAGCAGGAAAGUGAGAGGAGGAAACAGAUCGGGUUAAUUAAACAGGUUCAUGAACGGGAACAUGAUCGAGAGAUGAAUACACUGAUUAAUAAGCACAAAGAAGAACUAGAGCAGCAGCGAGCAAAACUGACUCAAGAACAACAGGCUCUUUUCGAUGAUAUCCGGAUUCGUAUGGACACGGCUCAUGAAGCAGAGUUAUGCCAAGCUCGGCUUCAGAUGCAGACAGAGCACAGCCUGGAGCUGGAAUCUCUUCGUCUAAGCCUAAACAACAUGCAUAGGGCCCAACUUGAGCUGAUACAGUCUAACCUGCAGCGUGAGAAGGAGGAGUCCCUUUCAGAGUUACGGGAAGUGCUAAACGAUAAACGACGCCAAGAGGUGGCAGUGCUGCAGAACAGACAACAAUUGGAAUUGGAAUGCAUUAGGGAGCAAAACCAACAGCAAAUGGAACAAUCUUUAAAGAAGCACCAACAGGAAAUGGAGGAUUUACGGAAUGAUUUGGAAAGAGAAGCAACUCUUCUGAAGGCCAAAAUGGUGGCAGAAGAAUCAGAGAAACUGCAAAGCAUGGAAAAGGAGUGGGAGGAAGAGAUGAAGCAGCGCCUUGAGAACCAGAAGGAGACAAUGUCCACAGAGCAUCAAACUGAGCUGGAAGAAUGGAUCAGCAAGGUGGAGAAACUACAGAAUCAAGUGGAAGCUGUCCAAAAUGAAGAAGCAUUAUGCCAAAAGUGUGAGAAAAAUGAGUGUGAGAAUUUGGAGAGUCUUUGCCAGAUGAAUUUAGCAAAGCUUCAGGAACAAGUUCAAAAGGAUUACGAGCAGAAACGGGAGGAGUUGAUGAGAGAGUCUGAUGAAAAAGAAAAGGACCACUGUGCAGAGAUGGUGAAAUUGCAGGCGACCUAUGAUGAAUUUAAAUUGCGUUCGGAGCAAGAGCUUGAACACCUGUGGUCUCAGCUUGAGAGUAUGAAGGCCAAUCGCGAAGAGCUAAGUGAGUUCAAGCAACAUUUGCUGGCCUGUACAUCCAGUGCAGAAGAUGUGGAACUUCUGAAGCAGGAAUUCGCUGAACAGAGGGAGCAAAUCCAGAAGCAGCAUGCUUGUGAGCUGGAAGAGUUAAAGAAUUACUUUGAUGCAAAACUGAAAGAGAUGAAAGAGAAAAAUGAUGAGGAAGUUGCACAGUUAGAACAGCGCCUGCAGGAAGACACAAGACUGCCUCUUGGCAUUGACCUCUCUGACCUAAGUCUAAAUCAAACCACAGAUCCAAGUUUGUCUUUGUUGUCUUUUACGGACCUCACAGAGAAGAAUUACUUCCAGCAUAGGAUUCAGAUUGUAGAAGACUUGGCACAGAAGUUGGAAAAAUACAAGGAAGAAAUAAACAUGCUUCAGCUGCAGCUGGAGGAGAAACACAAGCUGGAGGCGGCAGCCUCUUUAAUGCAUCAAGAGAAGCUGGAAGCGAUUGAAAAAGAGCUGUUAGAACGACAUUUGGCAGAGACUGAAAGGCUGAAGAUAAGCCACUGCCAAGAAUUAGAACAGUUACAAGGUCGACUUUCUGAGGAACAUCUCAAAGAGAUUACCAGAUUGCGACUCCAGUGUGCACAACAGACUGCUCGAGAGGUGGAGGUGCAGGUUAAUGAGCGGCUCUGUCAUUUAGAGGAGGAGAAGGCUCAAAAGUGUGCUAUGAUAGAUGCUGAAAGAGAGAAAAUUGCUUGCCUGAAGGAAGAGAUUGAAAAUUUGAAGAGAGAUCAUGCAGCAGCCAUGCGGCAGCUCACCGAACAGCAUGAGGAAAGAAUGCUGGAAAUGAUGCAGAAUAAAGCGCAGUUACUGAAAGAAACCAGCCAAGAGUUUGAGGCCAGCAGAGAGGCAGUGGCUAGGAUGCAGGAAUGUGCAGCGGAAAAGGAACAGGAGCUGAAGAUUCUGAGGGAAGAGCUACAGGCCAGUGCCGAGAGGAAACUGUCCACCUUGCGCGAGGAGCUCACCAAUGAGUUUGAGGACGAACGCCAAGCAAUGAAACAGGAGUUUGACCAGAAAAGUGCAGAAAUGAAUCAGAUUCAGGAGGAACAGAGUGCAACCAUUUCUAAACUUGAGAUACAGCUGAAGGAAGAAAAGAACCAUUUGUUGCAGCUCCAAGAUAGUCUGACAAAUGAACAGUCACCAGAAAUAGUGGUGAUUCGUCAGAAAAUCCAAGCACAAUUUGACACUGAACUUGCGGUGGCCAAGUCUGUGAUGGCAGAAGAGCUUGAGAAACUCCAUGUUAGUGUACAGGAGCAAUCAGCUCAGAAACUCCUGGAGGUACAGAAUAGGUUCAUGGAAGAGCACAGGCAGAUGAUGGACAAAUUUAUGUCUGAACAAGAGGCCCUUCUCCAAGAGUUGAAAGUGAGACACACAGAAGAAUUAGAAACUCAAAACCAGCAUCUGACAGAAAAGUACCAUAAUCAAAUAGAGGACUUGAAAGCUGAAAUGUGCACAAAGCAUCAAGCUGAAAUGGAAGCUUUGGAGGAUACAAAGUUGGCUGCUUUGGAAAGCUUAAGACUGAAACAUGCGUCAGAGCUGGAAGAUGUUGCAAGUAAAUAUAAAUCUGAGAUUCAGCAUUUGAAAGAAGAUUUAAAAACCUGUCAAGAUGAGUUGGAGAGAUUUAACAGGGAAAGCACUGACAAACAACUUGAAAUUAAUCAGUUGAAAACUGAACAUGAGGCUGAGCUGAUUAACACUCAGGAGAAGAUCCGAAAGGAACUCGCUACCAUUCAUGUGGAAAAAUUCAAAGCUAUGGCUGCAGAACUGGAGGAAAUUCAUAAGGCAGAUUUGGAGGCAGCCCUGAGCAAACAGAAAGUUUCAUUGGAGCAGGAACAUCAGAAGCGCCUGGAUGUGAUUCAGGAUGAGGUUCUUCGCCUUGAAGAACAGCAUAAGCUGGCUCUCAGUGAGCUUCAGGUACUUCAGUAUGCAGAGCUGGAGAAGCAGAAAGAGGAAUAUGUACGGAAACUAGGUGAAGAGCUGGAGAAGAUUCAAAUGCAUCAUCAAAAAGAACAGGUUCGUGCAUGCAGCUCAGAAAUAAAUCUAGUGCAACAGGAGCUGCAGUCCAACUUUGAAAAAGAGAAAUCACAGCAACUACUGCAAUUCCAGGAAGAGUUUGAACUCCUCAAGAGGCAGUCUGAGUUCUUGCUUACUCAGCAAAUUAAGCAGCUGAAGGAUGAGUUUGAAGCUGAGAAGAGCAAUGCACUCCAGGAAUUGAAGGAGGUCUUCUCUCAGGAACAAGACAAAGCAAAACAAUUGCACCAAGAGGAGAAAAAACAAUUGUCUGCAAAGCUCCAACAGCAGACAGAGCUAAACAAACAGCUGCAGAAAGAAAUACAGGACAAGAGCUCGGAGCUGGAUACUCUAUUGGAGCGUCGAGAUCGAGAAAAUGAAGAAGGAGGCAAUCUGGUUGCAAUGCUGCGCUCAGACCUUGAACGAGUAACAAAUGAACGGAAAAACCUGGAGAUUUCUCAUGAGCGAGUGUUGAGGCUGUUUUCAGAGGUGGUGAAAAUGACAUUUUCUUCAGAAGAUAUGAUCAAUAAGCAAAUUGAACAGUGCUUAAUUAGUGGGCAGCCUGGGAAUUCAGUGGAUGAACGAAAUAAUCAGAGUCUGGCGGGAGCCAGAGGCAGAGCUCCGUGGAUGAAAACAAAAGCCUUGCUGGAAAGCGACAAAGGUAAUCUGAACACCAGUCACGAAAGUACUGCUAUCACUGAGGACACCAGCUUAUGGUCAGCAUUGACAGAUGAACAAUUGGAGCUUUCUCAGUGGCUGUCAGAAAGUAUGUUCGCUGGGCCUGAUGUUGGGCAUGAAAAUGAGGAGCUGAUACUCAGCACGUGUGGGCGUUUGCAUGCUGCUGUGGGAAAAUUGCUGGAAUUGGUCACCAUGUCCACAAGACAAUUGAUGCAAAAUUACAGAAUCCAAGAACAUGUGGAGGAAGGUUUCAUGCCUCAAAGCAUAGACACUGUGGAGCUAAUUGGCAAACAGCACCAAAAAUUGAUAGAACAUCUCAAUUGUGAAUCUGAGGCGAAGAGUGAACUGGCAUUGGAGCUCCACAAAGCUGAAGGUCUGAUCGACGGAUAUGUUGCUGAGAAAGCACUGCUAGAAGAAGCUUUGCAGAAGAAGGAAGAAUCAGAACAGCACUUGGCCGUACAGGUAGAACUCCUAGGCAAACAACUUCAUGAACUCAACCAAGAGAACCUUCAGCUAUGUGAGGAACGUGAUCUGCUACUGCGCCAGAAACAAGUCAUGGCUGGCAGUGAAGUAGAGCGUGGCCACCAAACUCAACCAAUAAUCAAAAGGGAUUCAGGAUUACUGGAGGAGACGGAGCGUUUGACCAAGGAAAAGCUAGAUAUCCAGUGUCAGGCAGACAAGGAUCGCGCUGAUCUCCUAUCGAGGACAAAGAGGAUGGAGGUGGAGUUGGAGGAGGAGACCAGCCGCAAUAUCGAGCUGGCUGACAGAUGGCACUUGGAGGUUACCGACUUGCAGCAGCAGGUCCAGGCACUUGAAAAGCAGCUGAAGAAUUAUCGACAAUUUAUGGAUGAGCAAGCAGUCGAGCGUGAACAUGAGCGAGAUGAAUUCCAGCAAGAAAUAGAAAAUCUGGAGAUGCAGUUAAAACAAGGAUUAAAAUCACAAGGAGUUGGUGAUUUUACCGUUUCUAAGAAUGAUUAUUUGAGCCUUCAGCUCGAAACCAUGGAGGCACAAAUUCGAUCAAAGGCUGAUGACUAUAGUGUACUUUUGCUGACUAAGGAACGUCUCGAGCAAGAAAUACAGGAACAAAGUGAAGAAAUAACCAAAUUGGAAGCACAGAUCAAAGAGCUUGAGGAGGCAGCAUUAUCACAUGCUGAUUCAGAAAAGCGAAUUGUUCAGCUUGAGCAAGAGAUCCAGAAAAUGAGGCGAAAAGAGGAAGAAUUAUCACAGGACAAGGAAUCUCUGCAGCAACAGCAUUAUAGUAAUCUGAUGCAGAUCUCUGCUCUACAGUCAAAACUGGAUGAAGCCAGACAUAGGGUACCUGCUGAAGGACUUCCUGAUCAGGCACUAAAAGAGCAGUUACAGAAUGAACGACAAGCUCUCCAGACGAAGGAAGAGAAGAUCCAAAUCCUUGAGGAGCAACUUGAUCAAUUCCAAGAGGACUUAAUGAAUAAAAAUGACGAGCUGCUCCAAUUAAAUAUGCAGCUGGAGAUCCAAACAAAGCAGUCAGCAAUGGCAACUAACAAGCUCCAGGAGGAGAAUAUCCGUUUAAAGGAAGAUGUAGCUAACCUCCAAAUGCGUUUGGAUUUGGAAGCAGAUAACAACAGAGUGCCAGGAUUACAGCUGCCUCAUGCUUUGCUACGGGAGAAGAACCAGGAAAUUGAUGAGCUAAAGGAACAGAUCUUUAAACUACAGAAGGAAAUGGAGAAUGCUAUAGACAACAAGGCAGUUGAGGAGAAAAAUGGUGAAAUUGAAGAGCUGAAAAUUCAAAUUGAGCAACUCAGUGUUGACCAAGAAAGAUUACGUCAGACAAAAGAAGAGGAGAUUGAGCAUCUCAUUGAGGUUAUAGAGAAGUUGCAGCAAGAACUGUCACUACUGGGUCCAAACCGCCAUGAAGUCAGUGAUUCUCAAGAAGACCUUGACAUUUUCAACUUGGAAGAAGAGUCUAGAUCAAAUGCAACAAACUCUAGAGGACUGAGUGACAAUCUGCAGCAGGAGCUGGCGUUUAAAGUGGUAGAUAACAGAGGUGCUGGAGACUACAAAGAAGAUCUUUAUGUGCAGUCAGCAGAGCUUCGGGAUCAGAUGGAGAAGAUGACAAAAGAUUCCUCUGUGCAGUUGUUGAAUAGAAAGGAAGUUCAGCUCCAACAGAAAUUAGAACUACUGCAAGCCAGCCUUAAAAACCUGCAGGAGAUCAAUCAGCAGCAGCAGCAGGAGCUUGUGUCACUUCGUCUGCAACGCAGUGGUCUUCAGGAGGACAACAGUUUGUUGAAGACACACAUCUCCCAAAGAGAUGCUGACGUUUCUCUUCUCUCAUCACGAGUCCAAGAAUUAGAAGAUGCUCAGAAUGAAAAGGAGAAGCUGCUGCAAAUGAUUGAGAAACAAAGACAGGAAGAGUUGGAAGAAAUGGGACUAUUACCACCAAAAAUAGUGGAGCUUGAACAGGAACUGGCAGAUAAGACUGUUCUGUUCCAAAAAUGUAAUGAUGAAUUACAGACCUUGCGCUCUGAGCUUGUGGAGCGUGAUUCACUGCUUGAAACUUUGAAACAGAAGGGUGUGAAUCUCCAAGAAGAAAUUGAGCGAUUGCAGGAUGAAUUGGCCAAGCAGGAAGCCCAGAAUAAAACACUAAAAGACCACUUAAACCAGCUUGAGAGAGAACAUCAAUCAGUUAGCAGAACCCCCACUACAGCAGAAAUAAAAGUGAAAGAUGAUCUCUUGCAGGAGAAGCUGAGGCAGAUGGAAGCUGCCCUGCAGCAGAAAGAGAUGCUCAUCACCCAGCUCAGCACUGAACAUGCAAAACUUCAAGCAGAUCUUUCUGCAGUUAAGGAAGAGCUGAACUCCAGUGCGGAGAAAGUUGAGAAGUUGCUGGAGGCUGAACAGGUAAAAGACCACACCAUUGCAGACUUGGAAAUCCAUGCUCGGAACUUGAAAACUCAGGUGAAUCAGCUGCAGGAGGCCUUAUUACAGCAGGUGAAGGAGCUGGCAAGUCGGGCCAAAGAAGUGGAAGACUUGAAUGAGAAAUGUCAGAAACAGGAACUUGAGUUGCAGAGGCAGUCCAUCGUGGAGAAUGAUAGGCCACAGAUCACCCCUUUGAUUUGCAAAGAAGCUUCUCAGUCUCUUGUUCCAGGUGGGCAUCAGCAUUUUGCCUACAGUCACACAGUCAAUGAGAGCUUGUUGAGUUCUCCAGAGCUAAUGAGAAAGCAAGAGGAAAGUCUUGAAUGGAUGAAUGGACUUCAGACAUCCAGGAUCUCUGAGAUCAGUGGUGUUCACAGUGCAGAUGUGGAGCUGAUGCAGAGCAGAUCAUCUGGACUUGAGAAAAACUCAGACAGAGAGAUCCAGGACAUUCCUUCCGCUAAAGACAGAAGACAUGGGCAUUCUCCAUCCCCAUCUGAUUAUGCACAUUCGAUGUCUGAAUCUUCCGAUGCUGAGAAGGUGCAACUAGAAUUGAGAUUGGCAGCAAUGCAGGAAGAUAAGGCAUCAACAGUGUCAAUCCCUGAUUGGAUAAGUGAUAGUUGUGGCAGCUGUACAAGUUUGGAUCUAGGAGCAAAGCUAAAUCAGGAGCUUGAAACCACAGAACGUCUGGACAAUAGUUUUGUUGAGUAUCUACAACGUCGUGGAAUUGCACUGGUAGAUGCAGAUAGUCAUGCAAGAGAAGACGCACUGCCUGCUGAGGAAGUGCCUUCUGCACAGCUACAGGCAUUGCUGAAGCAAGUGCACGAGGAAGGUUGCCGUGUACUCGCACUAACAGAAAGGCCUUCGCACCUCCGUGGAUCUCAGUUUGUGUCUGUCUCCAGUAAAACAAUGGAGGAAUGGCAACAAGAGAAAGAGGGAUUACUUGAUACAAUUCAGCUGUUGAAAGACCUGCUUUCUAAGGCACUGAACAAGUUUGAUGAGGAUUCUGCAAGCAGAACUGAUUGGCGGAGGGAGUUACUUGUGGCUGUGCAGGCUGUCCUCAAUCAGGAACAACAGUCUUUCUUGGCUGAGUUGCGUUCGUACAUGAAGAACCCACCUACAGAAGAGAGCUCUCUGCCUGAGAAGCUUGAACGUAUGCUUAAAGAGCAGGAGAAGCAGCAACAAUCCGCCCUGGAAGACCUCUUAUCAGUGGACAGAAGCAGUUUGCUGUCAGAGGUGCAGGAUCUCCGUUCACAGCUGCAGAUGGCACACCUUCAACACCAGGAAAAGCUGCAGCAGCUGCAGAAUACACUCACCUGUGCAGAAGAGCAAGCCAAGAAACAAGAACGGCCACUACGUAGGCAAGUGGAAUUGCUUGAAUACAAGCUUCAGCAAGAACAGAUCAUAGCAAAUGAUCUGCGGAGUACCCUCAGAGCAGAGCAGGACCGAUCGACUGAACUCUACCAACACGUACAGAAUGAACAAACUGCUCUGUCAGAGCUGAAGUCAGAACUGUCUGAGGUCACAGUUGAAUUGGAAUCUGCUUUAAAAACUCGACAUGAACUACAGCAAAACCUCCAGAAACUCAGGGGAGAAUUGAAUGCUAAAGAAAAUGAAGUAUUAGCUGCAGUGAAGGCGGUCGAUCAGGAACGGCAAAAAGUGCAGCAGUUACAGAAUAUGAUGGAGAAGGAACAGUUAAUUCACAAAGAGCACAAAGAGCAAGAACGGCAGGCUCAUCAGAAAAUGCAGAAGGCUCUGGAGGAACAACAUGCACAUAACCACCAACUGUCUGUCACUUUUGAAGAAGAAAGGGUGGCGAAUAGCAACAGCCGUAAAGAAAUUGAAGCAAAGUUGUUGAACAGCGAAUCGUUGCUAUUGCAGGAGCGAAGGAAGCUGUUGGAGACUCAGGAACUACUGAAAAUGGAGAGGAAUCAUUUGACAGAAUUGAGUGAUUCCUUAGACCAUGAGCGUACUCGGUCAGAACAGCUAUAUCAGAUUGUGAAUACCCGACGUGAUGAAACUGCUUCUCAGGAGCGCGCCUUUAUAAAAGAAUUGCAGAGUCAGCUGGAAGAAGAAAGGAAAAGGACUGUUGAACUAGCAGCUAUGAUUGAAAAAACACAACAGCAAGCUAUUACAACAAAACACAACUUUGAAGAUGAAAUCCAACUAUCCCGGCAGGAAAAUCAAAAGGAGCGGGAAGUCAGCUCCAAAUUGAGGUCUAUGCUAGAGUCUGUCCAAACCCAAGUACAGGAGCUCAAUCGCCUGCUGGAGUCUGAAAGGCAACACAGCCUUCGGCUGCAGACUGAGCGUGAGAGGCUUCAGGCCAAUAUUCUCGCAGCCAAAGAGAAAGAGCGAAAUAAGGAUGAUCAAAGAGAUCGCGAGAGGAGACAGGAAAGGCAAGAGUUAGCUGACCACGAACAUGAACAUGAAAUGUUGAAAGACAAAAUGCAUGAACUGGAGUUAGAACACCAACAGGAUCAGCAACGGAUUCGAGAAUUGCAACAAAUCCUUGCUGACUUGGAGGAACAGGAGUCCAAACUUGUAUCUCGAAAGCGGCAGCGAGGAGAGCCCGAAAGUAGCCCAGUGAAAUGCAGCGUGAAUACAUCUACCAGCAACAGUGAUGUACAACAGCUCUACGAGAACACAAGGCAGCAGUUCCUACAGUUGACUGUCCGACUGAAAGAGUUACUCCACAGAUCAGAGCAAAGGGGACAGGAUGGCCACAUAAAGACUGAAGAUAUAAAAGAUAUUUUACAGACUGUAAUUGAAUCAAACUGUGAAUCACAACAGUUCCUUUCAGGAACACAAGAGAAGCCAGUGGACAAUGCAAAUUCUCUACUGAAUUUUGAAAGGCAAUGUUGGAUGAAGGAGAAAAACCAGCUGCAGAAUGCCUUGAAAGAAGCUGAAUCAGAACUGGCCAGAGUGAUGGCAGAGAUUGAAAAUAGACCUCUGCGACACGACCUUGUUGACUCCUCCAAUUUGAAGAUGCAGCGACUUUAUGGCAAGUACCUUCGGGCUGAAAGUUUUAGGAAAGCCUUGGUGUACCAGAAGAAGUACCUCUUGCUGCUUUUGGGAGGAUUCCAGGAAUGUGAACAGGCAACCCUGUGUUUAAUUGCACGUAUGGGAGUAUACCCUUCUCCUACAGACCUCCACAUGCCCAAACGGCAUUCCCGUCCAUUAACAAAAUUCCGCUCCACCAUUAGAGUGGUCAUCGCAAUUUGCAGGCUGAAAUUCCUGGUGAAAAAAUGGCAGAAAGCAACAAGGAAAGGUCUGUACUCUGCAUCUACAGCGAAUGGUAUUGGAGGCGGUCAAGCUCCACCCGCUAAAACUGAAGUCCUUCGGCAACAGCAAUCAAUAUUGACUCACAUUACAAACUCACCACCAACCAAGGAUAAUGUUUCUGCUCGCAGACUUAAUAAUGCAAGUCACCAAUCACCAAAGUCUUCCUACCGACUGCAGAAUAGAUCAUAUUUCUCACUCGGAGGAGGGCAGGACCAGUCAGUCCUUUCAAGCAAUCAGGAUCCAGAACGCUCACUCACUGAAUAUAUUCAGAGACUUGAGGCAAUCCAGCAACGACUUGGAGGAACGUCUCCAGGAACAUCCCGACGUAGAAGCAGCAUGAAAUAAGUGGAUCCUAUAUGGACACAAAACUGCUCCUUUAUGAAUAUGGUUAAAAUGUGUUUAUCUAUAUUGAUCCUCCUUGUGAUCAAGGGAUAAUUAAAUGUAUACAGCCACAUCUACACGUUGUCCAAGCACAGAAGAAUCUUGUAUUUAAAAUAAGAUGAAGAAUCCCGCAGUGUUUGCUAAUAAAUUGGACAUUUAUGUCUCCUUAUGUUGGAAACAUUAUUAUCCAAUCAGGCUGGGUGAGUUAGUAUCCACCAUUGAAUUGUAUGUUGUGCAUGAUUGUUUGAAUGUGUGGUUUCAUGUGUGUACGUAUGCUUGCUUUUCUAGAAGAAUGAUAGUCAACAACUUCGAGCUUUUUAUCCCAGUGGCUUGUGUGCCAUUGUGCAUAACUCAAUGUAGAAAACAAGAUUUUUUAAAAAGGUUAUUUUUGUAAAUGUUGGCUUUUGUUCUUUGCAUAAAAAUAAAGUUUACAUAGGUAUUUGUGAAAAAUGUGUUCUCUUUGAUGUAUUCAUGUAUUUGUACAUAUUAAAUCAUUCAGUAACUUGGAAACUCCUACUAUGAAAUGU